AUGGGUUGCACCAACAAACUCCCCCUCGGAUUGUUGGUGCAAUCACCCCUCCCCAUUCUCCCUCUUUCCAUCACCCCGCCCCAUUCUCCUGCUUUCUAUCACCCCGCCCCAUUCUCCCUCUUUCCAUCACCCCGCCCCAUUCUCCCGCUUUCCAUCACCCCGCCCCAUUCUCCCGAUUUCCAUCACCCCGCCCCAUUCUCCCUCUUUCCAUCACCCCGCCCCAUUCUCCCGCUUUCCAUCACCUCGCCCCAUUCUCCCGCUUUCCAUCACCCCGCCCCAUUCUCCUGCUUUCCAUCACCCCGCCCCUUUCUCCCGCUUUCCAUCACCACGCCCCAUUCUCCCGCUUUCCAUCACCCCGCCCCAUUCUCCCUCUUUCCAUCACCCCGCCCCAUUCUCCUACUUUCCAUCACCCCGCCCCAUUUUCCCUCUUCCCAUCACCCCGCCCCAUUUUCCCUCUUUCACUCACCCUCGCCCCAUUCUCCCGCUUUCCAUCACCCCGCCCCAUUCUCCCGCUUUCCAUCACCCCGCCCCAUUUUCCCUCUUUCCAUCACCCCGCCCCAUUCUCCCGUCUUCCAUCACCCCGCCCCAUUCUCCCUCUUUCCAUCACCCCGCCCCAUUCUCCCGCUUUCCAUCACCCCGCCCCAUUCUCCCGCUUUCCAUCACCCCGCCCCAUUCUCCCACUUUCCAUCACCCUGCCCCAUUCUCCCUCUUUCCAUCACCCCGCCCCAUUCUCCCGCUUUCCAUCACCCCGCCCCAUUCUCCCGCUUUCCAUCACCCCGCCCGAUUCUCCCUCUUCCCAUCACCCCGCCCCAUUCUCCCGCCUUUCAUCACCCCGCCCCAUUCUCCAGCUUUCCAUCACCCCGCCCAAUUCUCCCGCUUCCCAUCACCCCGCCCCAUUCUCCCGCCUUCCAUCACCCCGCCCCAUUCUCCCUCUUUCCAUCACCCCGCCCCAUUCUCACGCUUUCCAUCACCCCGCCCCAUUCUCCCUCUUUCCAUCACCCCGCCCCAUUCUCCCGCUUUCCAUCACCCCGCCCCAUUCUCCCUCUAUCCAUCACCCCGCCCAGUUCUCCUACUUUCCAUCACCCCGUCCCAUUUUCCCGUUUUCCAUCACCCCGCCCCAUUCUCUCGCUUUCCAUCACCCCGCUUUAUUCUCCCACUUUCCAUCACCCCGCCCCAUUCUCCCAAUUUCCAUCACCCCGCCCCAUUCUCCCGCUUUCCAUCACCCCGCCCCAUUCUCCUGCUUUCCAACAGCCCGCCCCAUUCUCCCGCUUUCCAUCACCUCUCCCCAUUCUCCCUCUUUCCAUCACCCCGCCCCAUUCUCCUGCUUUCUAUCACCCCACCCCAUUCUCCCUCUUUCCAUCACCCCGCCCCAUUCUCCCGCCUUCCAUCACCCCGCCCCAUUCUCCAUCUUUCCAUCACCCUGCUCAAUUCUCCCGCUUUCCAUCACCCUGCCCCAUUCUCCCGCCUUCCAUCACACCGCCCCAUUCUCCCGCUUUCCAUCACCCCGCCCCAUUCUCCCGCUUUCCAUCACCCCGCCCCAUUCUCCUGCUUUCCAUCACCCCGCCCCAUUCUCCCGCUUUCCAUCACCACGCCCCAUUCUCCCGCUUUCCAUCACCCCGCCCCAUUCUCCCUCUUUCCAUCACCCCGCCCCAUUCUCCUACUUUCCAUCACCCCGCCCCAUUUUCCCUCUUCCCAUCACCCCGCCCCAUUUUCCCUCUUUCACUCACCCUCGCCCCAUUCUCCCGCUUUCCAUCACCCCGCCCCAUUCUCCCGCUUUCCAUCACCCCGCCCCAUUUUCCCUCUUUCCAUCACCCCGCCCCAUUCUCCCGUCUUCCAUCACCCCGCCCCAUUCUCCCUCUUUCCAUCACCCCGCCCCAUUCUCCCGCUUUCCAUCACCCCGCCCCAUUCUCCCGCUUUCCAUCACCCCGCCCCAUUCUCCCACUUUCCAUCACCCUGCCCCAUUCUCCCUCUUUCCAUCACCCCGCCCCAUUCUCCCGCUUUCCAUCACCCCGCACCAUUCUCCCGCUUUCCAUCACCCCGCCCGAUUCUCCCUCUUCCCAUCACCCCGCCCCAUUCUCCCGCCUUUCAUCACCCCGCCCCAUUCUCCCGCUUUCCAUCACCCCGCCCAAUUCUCCCGCUUCCCAUCACCCCGCCCCAUUCUCCCGCCUUCCAUCACCCCGCCCCAUUCUCCCUCUUUCCAUCACCCCGCCCCAUUCUCCUACUUUCUAUCACCCCACCCCAUUCUCCCUCUUUCCAUCACCCCGCCCCAUUCUCCCGCCUUCCAUCACCCCGCCCCAUUCUCCAUCUUUCCAUCACCCUGCUCAAUUCUCCCGCUUUCCAUCACCCUGCCCCAUUCUCCCGCCUUCCAUCACCCCGCCCCAUUCUCCCUCUUUCCAUCACCCCGCCCCAUUCUCCCGCUUUCCAUCACCCCGCCCCAUUCUCCUGCUUUCCAUAACCCCGCCCCAUUCUCCCGCUUUCCAUCACCCCACCCCAUUCUCCCGCUUUCCAUCACCUCGCCCCAUUCUCCCGCUUUCCAUCACCCCGCCCCAUUCUCCCGCUUUCCAUCACCCCGCCCCAUUCUCCCGCUUUCCAUCACCCCGCCCCAUUCUCCCGCUUUCCAUCACCCGGUCCCGUUCUCUCGCUUUCCAUCACCCCGGACCAUUCUCCCGCUUUCUAUCACCCCGCCCGCUCCAUUCUCCCGCUUUCCAUCACCCCGCCCAAUUCUCCCUCUUUCCAUCACCCCUCCCCAUUCUCCCUCUUUCCAUCACCCCGCCCCAUUUUCCCUCUUUCCAUCACCCCGCCCCAUUCUCCCGCCUUUCAUCACCCCGCCCCAUUCUCCCGCCCCAUUCUCCCGCUUUCAUCACCCCGCCCCAUUCUCCCGCUUUCCAUCACCCCGCCCAAUUCUCCCGCUUUCCAUCACCCCGCCCCAUUCUCCCGCUUUCCAUCACCCCGCCCCAUUCUCCCUCUUUCCAUCACCCCGCCCCAUUCUCCCGCUUUCCAUCACCCCGCCCCAUUUUCCCUCUUUCCAUCACCCCGCCCCAUUCUCCCGCCUUCCAUCACCCCGCCCCAUUCUCCCUCUUUCCAUCACCCCGCCCCAUUCUCCCGCUUUCCAUCACCCCGCCCCAUUCUCCCGCUUUCCAUAUCCCCGCCCCAUUCUCCCACUUUCCAUCACCCCGCCCCAUUCUCCCUCUUUCCAUCACCCCGCCCCAUUCUCCCGCUUUCCAUCACCCCGCCCCAUUUUCCCUCUUUCCAUCACCCCGCCCCAUUCUCCCGCUUUCCAUCACCCCGCCCCAUUCUCCCUCUUCCCAUCACCCCGCCCCAUUCUCCCGCCUUUCAUCGCCCCGCCCCAUUCUCCCGCUUUCCAUCACCCCGCCCAAUUCUCCCGCUUCCCAUCACCCCGCCCCAUUCUCCCGCCUUCCAUCACCCCGCCCCAUUCUCCCUCUUUCCAUCACCCCGCCCCAUUCUCACGCUUUCCAUCACCCCGCCCCAUUCUCCCUCUUUCCAUCACCCCGCCCCAUUCUCCCGCUUUCCAUCACCCCGCCCCAUUCUCCCUCUAUCCAUCACUCCGCCCAAUUCUCCCACUUUCCAUCACCCCGUCCCAUUCUCCCGUUUUCCAUCACCCCGCUCCAUUCUCUCGCUUUCCAUCACCCCGCUUUAUUCUCCCACUUUCCAUCACCCCGCCCCAUUCUCCCAAUUUCCAUCACCCCGCCCCAUUCUCCCGCUUUCCAUCACCCCGCCCCAUUCUCCUGCUUUCCAACAGCCCGCCCCAUUCUCCCGCUUUCCAUCACCUCUCCCCAUUCUCCCUCUUUCCAUCACCCCGCCCCAUUCUCCUGCUUUCUAUCACCCCACCCCAUUCUCCCUCUUUCCAUCACCCCGCCCCAUUCUCCCGCCUUCCAUCACCCUGCCCCAUUCUCCAUCUUUCCAUCACCCUGCUCAAUUCUCCCGCUUUCCAUCACCCUGCCCCAUUCUCCCGCCUUCCAUCACCCCGCCCCAUUCUCCCUCUUUCCAUCACCCCGCCCCAUUCUCCCGCUUUCCAUCACCCCGCCCCAUUCUCCCGCUUUCCAUCACCCCGCCCCAUUCUCCCGCUUUCCAUCACCCCACCUCAUUCUCCCGCUUUCCAUCACCCCGCCCCAUUCUCCCGCUUUCCAUCACCCCGCCCCAUUCUCCCGCUUUCCAUCACCCCGCCCCAUUCUCCCGCUUUCUAUCACCCCGCCCCAUUCUCCCGCUUUUUAUCACCCCGUCCCGUUCUCUCGCUUUCCAUCACCCCGGCCCAUUCUCCCGCUUUCUAUCACCCCGCCCGCUCCAUUCUCCCGCUUUCCAUCACCCCGCCCAAUUCUCCCUCUUUCCAUCACCCCUCCCCAUUCUCCCUCUUUCCAUCACCCCGCCCCAUUCUCCCUCUUUCCAUCACCCCGCCCCAUUCUCCCACUUUCCAUCACCCCGCGCCAUUUCCCCUCUUUCCAUCACUCCGCCCCAUUCUCCCGCUUUCCAUCACCCCGCCCCAUUCUCUCGCUUUCCAUCAUCCCGCUCCAUUGUCCCGCUUUCCAUCACCCCGCCCAAUUCUCCCUCUUUCCAUCACCCCUCCCCAUUCUCCCUUUUUCCAUCACCCCGCCCCAUUCUCCCGCUUUCCAUCACCCCGCCCCAUUCUCCCUCUUUCCAUCACCCCGCCCCAUUCUCCCGCCUUUCAUCACCCCGCCCCAUUCUCCCGCCUUUCAUCACCCCGCCCCAUUCUCCCGCUUUCCAUCACCCCGCCCAAUUCUCCCGCUUUCCAUCACCCCGCCCCAUUCUCCCGCUUUCCAUCACCCCGCCCCAUUCUCCCUCUUUCCAUCACCCCGCCCCAUUCUCUCGCUUUCCAUCACCCCGCCCCAUUCUCCCUCUUUCCAUCACCCCGCCCCAUUCUCCCUCUUUCCAUCACCCCGCCCCAUUCUCCCACUUUCCAUCACCCCGCGCCAUUUCCCCUCUUUCCAUCACUCCGCCCCAUUCUCCCGCUUUCCAUCACCCCGCCCCAUUCUCUCGCUUUCCAUCAUCCCGCUCCAUUGUCCCGCUUUCCAUCACCCCGCCCAAUUCUCCCUCUUUCCAUCACCCCUCCCCAUUCUCCCUUUUUCCAUCACCCCGCCCCAUUCUCCCGCUUUCCAUCACCCCGCCCCAUUCUCCCUCUUUCCAUCACCCCGCCCCAUUCUCCCUCUUUCCAUCACCCCGCCCCAUUCUCCCGCUUUCCAUCACCUCGACCAAUUCUCCCUCUUUCCAUCACCCCGCCCGAUUCUCCCGCUUUCCAUCACCCCGCCCCAUUCUCCCGCUUUCCAUCACCCCACCCCAUUCUCCCGCUUUCCAUCACCCCGCCCCAUUCUCCCGCUUUCCAUCACCCCGCCCCAUUCUCCCGCUUUCCAUCACCCCGCCCCAUUCUCCCGCUUUCCAUCACCCCGCCCCAUUCUCCCGCUUUCCAUCACCCCGUCCCGUUCUCUCGCUUUCCAUCACCCCGGCCCAUUCUCCCGCUUUCUAUCACCCCGCCCGCUCCAUUCUCCGGCUUUCCAUCACCCCGUCCAAUUCUCCCUCUUUCCAUCACCCCUCCCCAUUCUCCCUCUCUCCAUCACCCCGCCCCAUUCUCCCUCUUUCCAUCACCCCGCCCCAUUCUCCCGCCUUUCAUCACCCCGCCCCAUUCUCCCGCCUUUCAUCACCCCGCCCCAUUCUCCCGCUUUCCAUCACCCCGCCCAAUUCUCCCGCUUUCCAUCACCCCGCCCCAUUCUCCCUCUUUCCAUCACCCCGCCCCAUUCUCCCUCUUUCCAUCACCCCGCCCCAUUCUCUUGCUUUCCAUCACCCCGCCCCAUUCUCCCUCUUUCCAUCACCCCGCCCCAUUCUCCCUCUUUCCAUCACCCCGCCCCAUUCUCCCGCCUUUCAUCACCCCGCCCCAUUCUCCCGCCUUUCAUCACCCCGCCCCAUUCUCCCGCAUUCCAUCACCCCGCCCAAUUCUCCCGCUUUCCAUCACCCCGCCCCAUUCUCCCGCUUUCCAUCACCCCGCCCCAUUCUCCCUCUUUCCAUCACCCCGCCCCAUUCUCUCGCUUUCCAUCACCCCGCCCCAUUCUCCCUCUUUCCAUCACCCCGCCCCAUUCUCCCUCUUUCCAUCACCCCGCCCCAUUCUCCCACUUUCCAUCACCCCGCGCCAUUUUCCCUCUUUCCAUCACUCCGCCCCAUUCUCCCACUUUCCAUCACCCCGCCCCAUUCUCUCGCUUUCCAUCAUCCCGCUCCAUUGUCCCGCUUUCCAUCACCCCGCCCAAUUCUCCCUCUUUCCAUCACCCCUCCCCAUUCUCCCUUUUUCCAUCACCCCGCCCCAUUCUCCCGCUUUCCAUCACCCCGCCCCAUUCUCCCUCUUUCCAUCACCCCGCCCCAUUCUCCCUCUUUCCAUCACCCCGCCCCAUUCUCCCACUUUCCAUCACCUCAACCAAUUCUCCCUCUUUCCAUCACCCCGCCCCAUUCUCCCUCUUUCCAUCACCCUGCCCCAUUCUCCCUCUAUCCAUCACCCCACCCAAUUCUCCCGCUUUCCAUCACCCCGUCCCAUUCUCCCGCUUUCCAUCACCCCGCCCCAUUCUUUUGCGUUCCAUCACCCCACCCCAUCCUCCCCUCUUUCCAUCACCCCGCCCCAUUGUCCCGAUUUCCAUCACCCCGCCCCAUUCUCCCGCUUUCCAUGACCCCGCCCCAUUCUCCCGCUUUCCAUCACCCCGCCCCAUUCUCCCGCUUUCCAACACCCCGCCUCAUUCUCCCACUUUCCAUCACCCCGCCCCAUUCUCACUCUUUCCAUCACCCCUCCCCAUUUUCCCUCUUUCCAUCACCCCGCCCCAUUCUCCUGCUUUCUAUCACCCCACCCCAUUCUCCCUCUUUCCAUCACCCCGCCCCAUUCUCCCGCUUUCCAUCACCCCGCCCCAUUCUCCCGAUUUCCAUCACCCCGCCCCAUUCUCCCUCUUUCCAUCACCCCGCCCCAUUUUCCCUCUUUCCAUCACUACGCCCCAUUCUCCUGCUUUCCAUCACCCCGCCCCAUUCUCCCUCUUCCCAUCACCCCGCCCCAUUCUCCCGCCUUUCAUCACCCCGCCCCAUUCUCCCGCUUUCCAUCACCCCGCCCAAUUCUCCCGCUUCCCAUCACCCCGCCCCAUUCUCCCGCCUUCCAUCACCCCUCCCCAUUCUCCCUCUUUCCAUCACCCCGCCCCAUUCUCACGCUUUCCAUCACCCCGCCCCAUUCUCCCUCUUUCCAUCACCCCGCCCCAUUCUCCUGCUUUCCAUCACCCCGCCCCAUUCUCCUGCUUUCUAUCACCCCGCCCCAUUCUCCCUCUUUCCAUCACCCCGCCCCAUUCUCCCGCCUUCCAUCACCCCGCCCCAUUCUCCAUCUUUCCAUCACCCUGCUCAAUUCUCCCGCUUUCCAUCACCCCGCCCCAUUCUUCCGCCUUCCAUCACCCCGCCCCAUUCUCCCUCUUUCCAUCACCCCGCCCCAUUCUCCCGCUUUCCAUCACCCUGCCCCAUUCUCCCGCUUUCCAUCACCCCACCCCAUUCUCCCGCUUUCCAUCACCCCGCCCCAUUCUCCCGCUUUCCAUCACCCCGCCCCAUUCUCCCGCUUUCCAUCACCCCGCCCCAUUCUCCCGCUUUCCAUCACCCCGCCCCAUUCUCCCGCUUUCCAUCACCGCGUCCCGUUCUCUCGCUUUCCAUCACCCCGGCCCAUUCUCCCGCUUUCUAUCACCCCGCCCACUCCAUUCUCCCGCUUUCCAUCACCCCGCCCAAUUCUCCCUCUUUCCAUCACCCCUCCCCAUUCUCCCUCUUUCCAUCACCCCGCCCCAUUCUCCCUCUUUCCAUCACCCCGCCCCAUUCUCCCGCCUUUCAUCACCCCGCCCCAUUCUCCCGCCUUUCAUCACCCCGCCCCAUUCUCCCGCUUUCCAUCACCCCGCCCGAUUCUCCCGCUUUCCAUCACCCCGCCCCAUUCUCCCGCUUUCCAUCACCCCGCCCCAUUCUCCCUCUUUCCAUCACCCCGCCCCAUUCUCUCGCUUUCCAUCACCCCGCCCCAUUCUCCCUCUUUCCAUCUCCCCGCCCCAUUCUCCCUCUUUCCAUCACCCCGCCCCAUUCUCCCACUUUCCAUCACCCCGCGCCAUUUUCCCUCUUUCCAUCACCCCGCCCCAUUCUCCCGCUUUCCAUCACCCCGCCCCAUUCUCUCGCUUUCCAUCAUCCCGCUCCAUUGUCCCGCUUUCCAUCACCCCGCCCAAUUCUCCCUCUUUCCAUCACCCCUCCCCAUUCUCCCUUUUUCCAUCACCCCGCCCCAUUCUCCCGCUUUCCAUCACCCCGCCCCAUUCUCCCUCUUUCCAUCACCCCGCCCCAUUCUCCCUCUUUCCAUCACCCCGCCCCAUUCUCCCGCUUUCCAUCACCUCGACCAAUUCUCCCUCUUUCCAUCACCCCGCCCCAUUCUCCCUCUUUCCAUCACCCUGCCCCAUUCUCCCUCUAUCCAUCACCCCACCCAAUUCUCCCGCUUUCCAUCACCUCGUCCCAUUCUCCCGCUUUCCAUCACCCCGCCCCAUUCUUUUGCGUUCCAUCACCCCACCCCAUCCUCCCCUCUUUCCAUCACCCCGCCCCAUUCUCCCGAUUUUUAUCACCCCGCCCCAUUCUCCCUCUUUCCAUCACCCCGCCCCAUUCUCCCGCUUUCCAUCACCCCGCCCCAUUCUCCCUCUUUCCAUCACCCCGCCCCAUUCUCCCUCUUUCCAUCACCCCGCCCCAUUCUCCCGCUUUCCAUCACCCCGCCCAAUUCUCCCUCUUUCCAUCACCCCUCCCCAUUCUCCCUUUUUCCAUCACCCCGCCCCAUUCUCCCGCUUUCCAUCACCCCGCCCCAUUCUCCCUCUUUCCAUCACCCCGCCCCAUUCUCCCUCUUUCCAUCACCCCGCCCCAUUCUCCCGCUUUCCAUCACCUCGACCAAUUCUCCCUCUUUCCAUCACCCCGCCCCAUUCUCCCUCUUUCCAUCACCCUGCCCCAUUCUCCCUCUAUCCAUCACCCCACCCAAUUCUCCCGCUUUCCAUCACCUCGUCCCAUUCUCCCGCUUUCCAUCACCCCGCCCCAUUCUUUUGCGUUCCAUCACCCCACCCCAUCCUCCCCUCUUUCCAUCACCCCGCCCCAUUCUCCCGAUUUUUAUCACCCCGCCCCAUUCUCCCUCUUUCCAUCACCCCGCCCCAUUCUCCCGCUUUCCAUCACCCCGCCCCAUUCUCCCUCUUUCCAUCACCCCGCCCCAUUCUCCCUCUUUCCAUCACCCCGCCCCAUUCUCCCGCUUUCCAUCACCCCGCCCAAUUCUCCCUCUUUCCAUCACCCCUCCUCAUUCUCCCUUUUUCCAUCACCCCGCCCCAUUCUCCCGCUUUCCAUCACCCCGCCCCAUUCUCCCUCUUUCCAUCACCCCGCCCCAUUCUCCCUCUUUCCAUCACCCCGCCCCAUUCUCCCGCUUUCCAUCACCUCGACCAAUUCUCCCUCUUUCCAUCACCCCGCCCCAUUCUCCCUCUUUCCAUCACCCUGCCCCAUUCUCCCUCUAUCCAUCACCCCACCCAAUUCUCCCGCUUUCCAUCACCUUGUCCCACUCUCCCGCUUUCCAUCACCCCGCCCCAUUCUUUUGCGUUCCAUCACCCCACCCCAUCCUCCCCUCUUUCCAUCACCCCGCCCCAUUCUCCCGAUUUUUAUCACCCCGCCCCAUUCUCCCUCUUUCCAUCACCCCGCCCCAUUCUCCCGCUUUCCAUAACCCCGCCCCAUUCUCCCUCUUUCCAUCACCCCGCCCCGUUCUCCCGCUUUCCAUCACCCCGCCCCAUUCUCCCGCUUUCCAUCACCCCGCCCCAUUCUCCUGCUUUCCAUCACUCCGCCCCAUUCUCCCUCUUCCCAUCACCCCGCCCCAUUCUCUCGCUUUCCAUCACCCCGCCCCAUUCUCCCGCUUUUCAUCACCCCGCCCCAUUAUCCCGCUUUCCAUCACCCCGUCCCAUUCUCCCUCUUUCCAUCACCCCGCCCCAUUCUCCCGCUUUCCAUCACCCCGCCCCAUUCUUCCUCUUUCCAUCUCCCUGCCCCAUUCUCCCUCUUUCCAUCACCCCGCCCCAUUCUCCCGCUUUCCAUCACCCCGCCCCAUUCUCCCUCUUUCCAUCACCCCGCCCCAUUCUCCCACUUUCCAUCACCCCGCCCCUUUCUCCCUCUUCCCAUCACCCCGCCCCAUUCUCUCGCUUUCCAUCCCCACGCCCCAUUCUCCCGCUUUUCAUCACCCCGCCCCAUUCUCCCGCUUUCCAUCACCCCGUCCCAUUCUCCCUCUUUCCAUCACCCCGCCCCAUUCUCCCGCUUUCCAUCACCCCGCCCCAUUCUUCCUCUUUGCAUCUCCCCGCCCCAUUCUCCCUCUUUCCAUCACCCCGCCCCAUUCUCCCUCUUCCCAUCACCCCGCCCCAUUCUCCAGCUUUCCGUCACCCCGCCCCAUUCUCCCUCUUUCCAUCACCCCGCCCCAUUCUCCAUCUUUAUAUCACCCCGCCCCACUCUCCCGCCUUCCAUCACCCCGCCCCAUUCUCCAUCUUUCCAUCACCCUGCCCAAUUCUCCCGCCUUCCAUCACCCCACCCCAUUCUCCCGUCUUCCAUCACCCCGCCCCAUUCUCCCUCUUUCCAUCACCCCCUUUCCGUCACCCCGCCCCAUUCUCCCUCUUUCCAUCACCCCGCCCCAUUCUCCCUCUUUCCAUCACCCCGACCCAUUCUCCCGCUUUCCAUCACCCCGCCCCAUUCUCCCUCUUUCCAUCACCCCGCCCCAUUCUCCCUCUUUCCAUCACCCCGCCCCAUUCUCCCGCUUUCCAUCACCCCGCGCCAUUUAACCUCUUUCCAUCACCCGCCCCAUUCUCCCUCUUUCCAUCACUCCGCCCCAUUCUCCCGCUUUCCAUCACCCGGCUCCAUUGUCCCGCUUUCCAUCACCCCGCCCAAUUCUCCCUCUUUCUAUCACCCCUUCCCAUUCUCCCUCUUUCCAUCACCCCGCCCCAUUCUCCUGCUUUCCAUCACCCCGCCCCAUUCUCCCUCUUUCCAUCACCCCGCCCCAUUCUCCCUCUUUCCAUUACCCCGCCCCAUUCUCCUGCUUUCCAUCACCCCGCCCCAUUCUCCCUCUAUCCAUCACCCCGCCCCAUUCUCCCGCUUUCCAUCACCCCGCCCCAUUCUCCUGCUUUCCAUCACCGCGCCCAAAUCUCCCGCUUUCCAUCACCCCUCUCCAUUCUCCCUCUUUCCAUCUCCCCACCCCAUUCUCCUUCUUUCCAUCACCCCGUCCCAUUCUCCCUCUUUCCGUCACCCCACCCCAUUCUCCCUGUUUCCAUCACCUCGCCCCUUCUCCCUCUUUCCAUCACCCCGCCCCAUUCUUCCUGUUUCCAUCACCUCGCCCCAUUCUCUCGCUUUCCAUCACCCCUCCCUGUUCUCCCUCUUUCCAUCACCCCGCCCCAUUCUCCCGCCUUCCAUCACCCCGCCCCAAUCUCCUUCUUUCCAUCACCCCGCCCCAUUCUCCAGCUUUUUAUCACCCCGCCCCAUUCUCCCGAUUUCCAUCACCCCACCCCAUUCUCCCGCUUUCCAUCACCCCGACCCAUUCUCCCGCUUUCCAUCACCCCGCCCCGUUCUCCCGCUUUCCAUCACACCGCCCCAUUCUCCCUCUUUCCAUCACCCCGCCCCAUUCUCCCGCUUUCCAUCACCCCGCCCCAUUCUCCCGCUUUCCAUCACCCCGCCUCAUUCUCCCUCUUUCCAUCAACCCGCCCCAUUCUCCCUCUUUCCAUCACCCCGCUCCAUUCUCCCGCUUUCCAUCACCCCGCCCGCUCCAUUCUCCCGCUUUCCAUCACCCCGCCCAAUUCUCCCUCUUUCCAUCACCCCUCCCCAUUCUCCCUCUUUCCAUCACCCCGCCCCAUUCUCCCGCUUUCCAUUACCCCGCCCCAUUCUCCCUCUUUCCAUCACCCGCCCCAUUCUCCCGUCUUUUAUCACCCCGCCCCAUUCUCCCUCUUUCCAUCACCCCGCCCAAUUCUCCCGCUUUCCAUCACCCCGCCCCAUUCUCCCGCCUUUCAUCACCCCGCCCCAUUCUCCCUCUUUCCAUCAACCCGCCCCAUUCUCCCUCUUUCCAUCACCCCGCCUUAUUCUCCCUCUUUCUAUCACCCCGCCCCAUUCUCCCGAUUUCCAUCACCCCGCCCCAUUCUCCCGCUUUCCAUCACCCCGCCCAAUUCUCCCACUUUCCAUCACCCCGUCCCAUUCUCCUGUUUUCCAUCACCCCGCCCCAUUCUCUCGCUUUCUAUCACCCCGCCUUAUUCUCCCGCUUUCCAUCACCCCGCACCAUUCUCCCGCUUUCCAUCACCCCGCACCAUUCUCCCUCUUUCCAUCACCCCGCCCCAUUCUCAUGCUUUCUAUCACCCCGCCCCAUUCUCCCUCUUUCCAUCACCCUGCCCCAUUCUCCCGCCUUCCAUCACCCCGCCCCAUUCUCCCUCUUUCCAUCACCCCGCCCCAUUCUCCCGCUUUCCAUCACCCCGCCCCAUUCUCCCGCUUUCCAUCACCCUGCCCCAUUCUCCCUCUUUCCAUCACCCCGCCCUAUCCUCUCUCUUUCCAUCACCCCGCACCAUUCUCCCGCUUUCCAUCACCCCGCACCAUUCUCCCUCUUUCCAUCACCCCACCCCAUUCUACUGCUUUCCAUCACCCCCUUUCCAUCACUUCGCCCCAUUCUCUCGAUUUCCAUCACCCCGCCCCAUUCUCCCGCUUUCCAUCACCCCGCCACAUUCUCCUGCUUUCCAUCACCCCGCCCCAUUCUCCUGCUUUCCAUCACCCCGCCCCAUUCUCCCUCUUUCCAUCACCCCGCCCCAUUCUCCCGCUUUUCAUCACCCCGCCCCAUUCUCCCGAUUUCCAUCACCCCGCCCCUCUCCCGCUUUCCAUCACCCCGCCCCAUUCUCCCGCUUUCCAUCACCCCGCCCAAUUCUCCCUCUUUCCAUCACCCCUCCCCAUUCUCCCUCUUUCCAUCACCCCGCCCCAUUCUCCCGCUUUCCAUCACCCCGCCCCAUUCUCCCGCUUUCCAUCACCCCGCCCCAUUCUCCCUCUUUCCAUCACCCUGCCCCAUUCUCCCGCUUUCCAUCACCCCUCCCCAUUCUCCCGCUGUCCAUCACCCUGCCCCAUUCUCCCGUUUUCGAUCACCCCGCCCCAUUCUCCCGUUUUCCAUCACCCCGCCCCAUUCUCCCGCUUUCCAUCACCCCGCCCCAUUCUCCUGCUUUCCAUCACCCCUCCCCAUUCUCCCGCUGUCCAUCACCCUGCCCCAUUCUCCCGCUUUCCAUCACCCCGCCCCAUUCUCCCUCUUUCCAUCACACCGCCCCAUUCUCCAACUUUUCAUCACCCCGUCCCAUUCUCCCGCUUUCCAUCACCCCUCCCCAUUCUCCCUCUUUCCAUCACCCCGCCCCAUUCUCCCAGUUUCCAUCACCCCGCCCCAUUCUCCCUCUUUCCAUCAUCCCGCCCCAUUCUCCUGCAUUCUAUCACCCUGACCCAUUCUCCAUCCUUCCAUCACCCCGCCCCAUUCUCCUGCUUUCCAUCAACUCGCCUGGCUGGGAGGGGUGCUGGGAGCAACUCACCUGGCUGGUGGGGGUGCUGGGAGCAACUCACCUGGUUGGUGGGGGUGCUGGGAGCAACUCGCUUGGCUGGUGGGGGUGCUGGGAGCAACUUACAUGGCUGGUGGGGGUGCUGGGAGCAACUCACCUGGCUGGUGGGGGUGCUGGGAGCAACUCACCUGGCUGGUGGGGGUGCUGGGAGCAACUCACCUGGCUGGUGGGGGUGCUGGGAGCAACUCACCUGGCUGGUGGGGGUGUUGGGAGCAACUCACCUGGCUGGUGGGGGUGCUGGGAGCAACUCACCUGGCUGUGGGGGUGCUGGGAGCAACUCACCUGGCUGGUGGAGGUGCUGGGAGCAACUCGCCUGGCUGGUGGGGGUGCUGGGAGCAACUCGCUUGGCUGGUGGGGGUGCUGGGAGCAACUCGCCUGGCUGGUGGGGGUGCUGGGAGCAACUCACCUGGCUGGUGGGGGUGCUGACAGCAACUCACCUGGCUGUUGGGGGUGCUGGGAGCAACUCACCUGGCUGGUGGGGUUGCUGGGAGCAACUCACCUGGCUGGUGGGGGUGUUGGGAGCAACUCGCCUGGCUGGUGGGGGUGCUGGGAGCAACUCGCCUGGCUGGUGGGGGUGCUUGGAGCAACUCGCCUGGCUGGUGGGGGUGCUGGGAGCAACUCACCUGGCUGGUGGGGGUGCUGGGAGCAACUCACCUGGCUGGUGGGGGUGGUGGGAGCAACUCACCUGGCUGGUGGGGGUGCUGGGAGCAACUCACCUAGCUCGUGGGGGUGCUGGGAGCAACUCACCUGGCUGGUAGGGGUGCUGGGAGCAACUCACCUGGCUGGUGGGGGUGCUGGGAGCAACUCACCUGGCUGGUGGGGGUGCUGGGAGCAACUCGCCUGGCUGGGGUGCUGGGAGCAACUCACCUGGCUGGUGGGGGUGCUGGGAGCAACUCACCUGGCUGGUGGGGGUGCUGGGAGCAACUCGCCUGGCUGGUGGGGAUGCUAUGAGCAACUCACCUGGCUGGUUGGGGUGCUCGGAGCAACUCGCCUAGCUGGUGGGGGUGCUGGGAGCAACUCACCUGGCUGGUGGGGGUGGUGGGAGCAACUCACCUGGCUGGGAGGGGUGCUGGGAGCAACUCACCUGGCUGGUGGGGGUGCUGGGAGCAACUCACCUAGCUCGUGGGGGUGCUGGGAGCAACUCACCUGGCUGGUAGGGGUGCUGGGAGCAACUCACCUGGCUGGUGGGGGUGCUGGGAGCAACUCACCUGGCUGGUGGGGGUGCUGGGAGCAACUCGCCUGGCUGCUGGUGGGGGUGCUGGGAGCAACUCGCCUGGCUGGUGGGGUGCUGGGAGCAACUCACCUGGCUGGUAGGGUUGCUGGGAGCAACUCACCUGGCUGGUGGGGGUGCUGGGAGCAACUCACCUGGCUGGUGGGGGUGCUGGGAGCAACGCAACUUGCUGGUGGGGGUGCUGGGAGCAACUCAACUAGCUGGUGGGGGUGCUGGGAGCAACUCGCCUGGCUGGUGGGGGUGCUGGGAGCAACUCGCCUGGCUGGUGGGGGUGCUAGGAGCAACUCACCUGGCUGGUGGGGGUGCUGGGAGCAACUCGCCUGGCUGGUGGGGGUGCUGGGAGCAACUCGCCUGGCUGGUGGGAAUGCUGGGAGCAACUCGCCUGGCUGGUGGGGGUGCUGGGAGCAACUCACCUGGCCGGUGAGGGUGCUGGGAGCAACUCACCUGGCUGGUGGGGGAGCUGGGAGCAACUCACCUGGCUGGUGCGGGUGCUGGGAGCAACUCACCUGGUUGGAGGGGAUGCUAGGAGCAACUUGCCUGGCUGGUGGGGUUGCUGGGAACAACUCACCUGGCUGGUGGGGGUGCUGGGAGCAACUCACCUGGCUGGAGCAACUCGCCUGGCUGGUGGGGUUGCUGGGAACAACUCACCUGGCUGGUGGGGGUGCUGGGAGCAACUCACCUGGCUGGUGGGGGUGCUGGGAGCAACUCACCUGGCUGGUGGGGGUGCUGGGAGCAACUCACCUGGCUGGUGGGGGUGCUGAGAGCAACUCACCUGGCUGGUGGGGGUGCUGGGAGCAACUCACCUGGCUGGUGGGGGUGCUGGAAGCAACUCGCCUGGCCGGUGGGGGUGCUGGGAGCAACUCACCUGGCUGGUGGGGGUGCUGGGAGCAACUCACCUGGCUGGUGGGGGUGGUGGGAGCAACUCACCUGGCUGGUGGGGGUGCUGGGAGCAACUCACCUAGCUCGUGGGGGUGCUGGGAGCAACUCACCUGGCUGGUAGGGGUGCUGGGAGCAACUCACCUGGCUGGUGGGGGUGCUGGGAGCAACUCACCUGGCUGCUGGUGGGGGUGCUGGGAGCAACUCGCCUGGCUGGUGGGGUGCUGGGAGCAACUCACCUGGCUGGUAGGGUUGCUGGGAGCAACUCACCUGGCUGGUGGGGGUGCUGGGAGCAACUCACCUGGCUGGUGGGGGUGCUGGGAGCAACGCAACUUGCUGGUGGGGGUGCAGGGAGCAACUCAACUAGCUGGUGGGGGUGCUGGGAGCAACUCGCCUGGCUGGUGGGGGUGCUGGGAGCAACUCGCCUGGCUGGUGGGGGUGCUAGGAGCAACUCACCUGGCUGGUGGGGGUGCUGGGAGCAACUCGCCUGGCUGGUGGGGGUGCUGGGAGCAACUCGCCUGGCUGGUGGGAAUGCUGGGAGCAACUCGCCUGGCUGGUGGGGGUGCUGGGAGCAACUCACCUGGCCGGGGAUGCAAGGAGCAACUUGCCUGGCUGGUGGGGUUGCUGGGAACAACACACCUGGCUGGUGGGGGUGCUGGGAGCAACUCACCUGGCUGGUGGGGGUGCUGGGAGCAACUCACCUGGCUGGUGGGGGUGCUGGGAGCAACUCACCUGGUUGGAGGGGAUGCUAGGAGCAACUCGCCUGGCUGGUGGGGUUGCUGGGAACAACUCACCUGGCUGGUGGGGGUGCUGGGAGCAACUCACCUGGCUGGUGGGGGUGCUGGGAGCAACUCACCUGGCUGGUGGGGGUGCUGGGAGCAACUCACCUGGCUGGUGGGGGUGCUGAGAGCAACUCACCUGGCUGGUGGGGGUGCUGGGAGCAACUCACCUGGCUGGUGGGGGUGCUGGAAGCAACUCGCCUGGCCGGUGGGGGUGCUGGGAGCAACUCACCUGGCUGGUGGGGGUGCUGGGAGCAACUCAACUGGCUGGGGUGCUGGGAGCAACUCACCUGGCUGGUGGGGGUGCUGGGAGCAACUCACCUGGCUGGUGGGGGUGCUGGGAGCAACUCGCCUGGCUGGUCUGGGUGAUGGGAGCAACUCGCCUGGCUGGUGGGGGUGCUGGGAGCAACUCGCCUGGCUAGUGGGGGUGCUGGGAGCAACUCGCCUGGCUGGUGGGGGUGCUGGGAGCAACUCGCCUGGCUGGUGGGGGUGCUGGGAGCAACUCGCCUGGCUGCAACUCGCCUGGCUGGUGGGGGUGCUGGGAGCAACUCGCCUGGCCGGUGGGGGUGCUGGGAGCAACUCACCUGGCCGGCGGGGGUGCUGGGAGCAACUCACCUGGCCGGUGGGGGUGCUGGGAGCAACUCACCUGGCUGGUGGGGGUGCUGAGAGCAACUCACCUGGCUGGUGGGGGUGCUGGGAGCAACUCACCUGGCUGGUGGGGGUGCUGGAAGCAACUCGCCUGGCCGUUGGGGGUGCUGGGAGCAACUCACCUGGCUGGUGGGGGUGCUGGGAGCAACUCACCUGGCUGGUGGGGGUGCUGGGAGCAACUCACCUAGCUGGUGGGGGUGCUGGGAGCAACUCACCUGGCUGGGUUGCUGGGAGCAACUCACCUGGCUGGUGGGGGUGCUGGGAGCAACUCACCUGGCUGGUGGGGGUGCUGGGAGCAACUCACCUGGCUGGUGGGGGUGCUGGGAGCAAUUCACCUGGCUGGUGGGGGUGCCGGGAGCAACUCACCUGGCUGAUGGGGGUGCUGGGAGCAACUCGCCUGGCUGGUGGGUUUGCUGGGAGAAACUCGCCUGGCUGGUGGGGGUGCUGGGAGCAACUUAUCUGGCUGAUGGGGAUGCUAGGAGCAACUCACCUGGCUGGUGGGGAUGCUCGGAGCAACUUGCCUGCCUGGUGGGGGUGCCGGGAGCAACUCUCCUGGCUGGUGGGGGUGCUUGGAGCAACUCGCCUGGCUGGUGGGGGUGCUGGGAGCAACUCGCCUGGCCGGUGGGGGUGCUGGGAGCAACUCACCUGGCCGGUGGGGGUGCUGGGAGCAACUCACCUGGCCGGUGGGGGUGCUGGGAGCAACUCACCUGGCUGGGGUGCUGGGAGCAACUCACCUGGCUGGUGGGGGUGCUGGGAGCAACUCACCUGGCUGGUGGGGGUGCUGGGAGCAACUCGCCUGGCUGGUCUGGGUGCUGGGAGCAACUCGCCUGGCUGGUGGGGGUGCUGGGAGCAACUCGCGUGGCUAGUGGGGGUGCUGGGAGCAACUCGCCUGGCUGGUGGGGGUGAUGGGAGCAACUCACCUGGCUGGUGGGGGUGCUGGGAGCAACUCGCCUGGCUGGUGGCAGUGCUGGGAGCAACUCGCCUGGCUGGUGGGGAUGCUAGGAGCAACUCACCUGGCUGGUGGGGGUGCUGGGAGCAACUCACCUGGCUGGUGGGGGUGCUGGGAGCAACUCGCCUGGCUGGUGGGGGUGCUGGGAGCAACUCGCCUGGCUGGUGGGGGUGCUGGGAGCAACUCGCCUGGCUGGUGGGGGUGCUGGGAGCAACUCGCCAGGCUGGUGGGGGUGCUGGGAGGAACUCGCCUGGCUGGUGGGGGUGCUGGGAGCAACUCGCCUGGCUGGUGGGGGUGCUGGGAGCAAUUCGCCUGGCUGGUGGGGGUGCUGGGAGCAACUCGCCUGGCUGGUGGGGGUGCUGGGAGCAACUCACCUGGCUGGUGGGGGUGCUGGGAGAAACUCAACUGGCUGGUGGGGAUGCUGGGAGCAACUCAACUGGCUCGUGGGGGUGCUGGGAGCAACUCGCCUGGCUGGUGGGGGUGCUGGGAGCAACUCACCUAGCUGGUGGGGGUGCUGGGAGCAACUCACCUGGCUGGUAG